UGUCACUUAUCAACACAGAAAAAUAUGACAAAAAAAAUCAUGGUGUCACCUGUCUGGUGUAAGGGCUAGGAACGGAGGGUGCAAUGGAUCAACAUCUACCCUUUGGCACCGAACAGCCCGAGCUAGAUGUAGUGAUUGUCGGGGCGGGACUGUCGGGCCUGACAUCGGCCGUGAAGCUGCUGGCCAAGGAGACAACACUCCACAUACGGAUCCUUGACGAGAACAGCCGUCCCGGUGGCCAGCUGGAUGAAAAUGGGAUCCGCUUCGUCGAUGCGGAGCAACACGAUAUGCUGGCCUUUAUGAACGACAUGCAGAUGAUGCCUCAACACAGACGCGGUGAAAAUGGGGAGCUGGAACGCUGCUGGGCCCUGGAUCGGGGUCCAACAGCGCUGCCUGCAAAGUUCGAGCUGUGUCGAUAUAUCCAAAUGCUGGACCUACGGAUGGGCAGGUUUCGAUCGAAGCGGUUCACCCUGCGGGAGCGUGUGCCCAGCAUGGAGCGUCAUAUUACUAGAAACUUGUUCUUCAGCAAGUCGCGCAACUUUAUGAGGAAUUUCGUAGAGCUGGUCUCCGGUGUCCAUGCCAGCGCAGUGGACUACGAUACCUUCAUGUCUAUGUGCAGCUCUUGCGGUGGCCUGGCCGUACUCCUAGACUUCUACUUUAACUUUCCGAAUACCUUCCUGGAGCUCUCCACCCAGAAGCUGAUCGAGAGCAUUCUGGAGAAGAUCGGGUACAUAGCGAUCACCCAGAAUGUGCGGGUCGUCAGUGUAAAGCACUUCAGGGACUAUGUGGAGCUGACAGACUCCCAGGGGGAGAAGUACACCGCCCAGGCCGUCAUCCUGGCCAUUCCAUGGAACAAGGUGCAGCAGCUGGAGUUCGAGCCACCGAUACCAAAGAAUUUCUGUCCACCGCCCAAGGCGAAACUCAAGCCCAGUCGCCUGAUCACCCAAUUCUCAUUAAGCUACAGCAAAUGCCACUGGGCGGAGGCGGGCUUCUCGGGGAACUUUCUCAGCUCAAAGCCUCUGGUGUGUGGCCACGAAUGCCGCCAGGCAACGUACUGUGGCUACAUGGUGCACUCUCCGCAGGAGUCGGCCAGUGUGCGGCAGAAUGUCCUGGACCUUCUCUCCUCUCAGUUCGGUGAUGAGAUGCGGAACCCACUGGAGUAUCGGCAGAGCACCACAGAGCUGAGCAUGGCCCGGCACAAGCCACAGGUGACGCCCUGGCAUCGGGUUAUCUGGUCCAGCUCCUCGGCGGUGGGCACCAACUAUCGCACCCUCAUGGGUGGUGCCGUCCAGAGUGGUGUUCGGGCCGCUGUCAAUGCCCUGUUUGUGGUCCGUCCGCAGGUCGUUAGCUGGAAGGAUAUGAUCGAAGUGCGGGAAAAGAAUCCCUACGAAAGCAGCAGCACCCCCACCCGUCUCAGCGGCCUGCUAAGCCGCCUCAACCUCUACAAUGUAACCUUCUACAGCUUGUUUAUUCUCGGCCUCAUCUGGCUGCUCAAAAAAGGCUACUGUCACGCCAUCCUCUCCACCGCCUAGAUGUGAAAUUAAAGUGUCUAAACUGCCA